AGUAGCAGAGAGAAGUCUAGAGAAAGGAAGUCAGGGCAGAAAAAGAUGAAUGAUCAUACAUGAGAUGCAGAAGAAAUGCUGAGUUGUGGUAAACACUGUAGCAGUUUGAGUACAUGUGUUAGAGAAACAGGAGAAAGAAAGAGGGGCAGUUAAAAAGAAGUACAAAAAGGGAAAAGAAGAAAGAAAGGGAGUACAGCCAACUGGCAUAGUUUGACUUAUUCAGCUCAGCUCUAAAAGUCUCAGGCAGCCCAGACUCCAAACCACACGGACCUAGAUCCUCUCUGCACACUCUGCAACUGCAAUGUGGAGGCUCUAUAAAAGUAGGAGAUAGAGAGUGCAGCACAGUAAAGAGCCAUUCUUUUAAAACGCUAUGGAUUUUAUGUUCUGGUUUCUACCAGGGGCUGAAUUCUUUCAGUUUUUAACAUUAAAAGUCAGACCUGCAGUGUAAUGGGCCUGCAGAAUGGAGUAUGAUAUUGAUUUCUACAAACAUUUUGCCUGGCUCAGAAAGGUAAACCUCCAUUCAAACGCUAACAGUGAGUCUUACCAGGAGCGUUUGUCCCGUCUGGAAGGAGACAAAGAAUCACUAAUUCUACAGGUGAGUGUGCUGACAGACCAGGUGGAAGCGCAGGGGGUGAAGAUCAACGAUUUAGAGAGUUCUUUGAUGGAGCAUCGGCACAAACUCAACUCCACAGAGGAAAUGUUACAGCAGGAACUCCUGCAUAGGGCGUCACUGGAGAACCAGAAGCUGAGUCUUAUGGGGGAGGUGUCCUACCUGAAACUAAAGCUGGCAGACAUGGAAGAAAAACAGGGCCAUGGGGGUGAAAGGCAUCACAAAGCAGAGACUGUAGUGAAUUUCAUUAGUGAGCUGCAGGAGCAAAUAUAUCAGUUUCAGAAGGAAAUCAAUAGCAAGAUCCAGGAGAAAAAGGCCCUGGAGAUCCCAAAUGACAGCAGACUUCCUGUGGAGUGCCCCGCUGAGUCUUCUGAAAGCCAGGAUUCAAACCUGUGGGUGCCUUGUGACAAAACCUCGGGGAUAAUGAACAAACUGGAGGACACUCCAAACGGGGCCGAUGGAAACACAACUACCCUGGAAGGGGGCAGUUCAGAUGCAGAGCAAAAGUACUACUGCGGAGGAGAAAGUGGCUUGCUUAAGGAACUCAGGAUUCUCAAGGACAAAGUCGAACACCUGGAGGAUCAGAAGUUACAGUACGAGAAGAAACUCAAAGCAACAAAGGCAGAGAUCAGCAGCCUUCAGCAGCUCCUGCACAGUAAGAACGCUGAGAUUGAGAGCUUGCACUCUCAGCUGCUGGCCAGACCCUCUUUAACCACAGAGAGCACAGAGAGAGAGGAGUUGUACAGGAAGAGACUAAACACCAAAUAUCAAGAACUGCAGAGGCUCAGGAGUGGCAUGAAAUCACUGGCAGCUGCCAAUGAUGAAAAGGACCGGCGUAUUGAAGAGCUCACUCUGCUCCUGAACCAGUGCAGACAGUUCAGAGAGGUCUCUAGUAACGCAAGGCAAGCACCAUCUGCUGUCCGCACAUUGUCGAAUGGCAGGAGCCUGUCAAGCAGCAGUGAAGAAGAAGAGCAGGGUCUGAUGAAGAAUGGUGACACCUCGAGUGCAAAAUCGGAGGAUGUGAAGUCUGAAGCUUCGACAAACAGUUCUGCAUCCCAGCAGACAUCAAUUUCAUCAGUCCAGAAAGACAGCGAUUCCAGAUCAGAAGUACAGACUUUAUCAAGCAGCAUGAAUGACAUAACAAAUGGAACUGCGCAAAAGACUGGCCCGAGUGAAAUGAGAAGUCACACGCUGCCUGUGAAUUCCUCUCUGUCAGAACAAAAUGGGAUCGGAGACAGCAGCAGUGAAAUACAGAGUCAAAGGUCUCCAGCUGGGAGUGAAGACGGAGACUCAAGCCAAAGAAAGCCGGAGAAAGGUGAUGACAGCACCUCAAGUGACACUUCCCCUGUUCAUUCUGGCCAGCGAGCUGUGGGCUCACCAGAAUACAUGAAGAAUAACAGGAGCUUCAAGAGACUCUGGGGAAAACUUAGAAGAACACAGUCUGGAGGCCUUCCCGCUACAGAUCCAGAUUCUGGGCAAUUUAGAAGAGGGGGACUGCGUGCGACUGCUGGUCCCAGACUGACCCGAACCCCUGAAUCAUUUGACUCAGCACGUGAUAUGAAUAUUCCAUUCAGCCAGUGGACCAAGGAGCAGGUGUGUGGCUGGCUAGAGGACUAUGGAUUGGGCCAGUACAUUAGUCUCUCCAGACAGUGGGUUGAAAAUGGACAAACACUUCUGUCUGCCACACCUCAGGAUUUUGAGAAGGAGAUGGGUAUGAAGAAUCCACUGCACAGGAAGAAGUUGCAGCUCGCUCUGCGGGCAUUCACCACUAAAGUUAUAGAGAAGUCCUCAGAGCUGGACCACAUCUGGGUCACCCGCUGGCUGGAUGAUAUUGGAUUGCCACAGUAUAAAGACCAGUUCCAUGAAGCUCGAAUAGAUGGUCGGAUGAUACAAUAUCUCACAGUGAAUGAUCUCUUGACUCUAAAGGUUACCAGCCAACUCCACCAUCUUAGUAUUAAGUGCGCAAUUCAUGUGCUUCAUGCCAAUAAAUUCAACCCAAACUGUCUUCGACGUAGGCCAGUGGAGGAGAAACAUCCUCCUCCUUCAGAAGUAGUGCAGUGGUCUAACCAUUGUGUGAUGGAGUGGCUGAGAGCAGUUGACCUAGCUGAGUAUGCUCCUAAUCUACGGGGCAGCGGUGUUCACGGUGGACUGAUUAUUCUGGAGCCUCGCUUCAGCUCAGAGACUUUGGCCCUGCUUUUAAAUAUUCCUCCGCAAAAGACUUUGCUCCGUCGUCAUCUCGCAACUGCAUUUUCUGCUCUGGUUGGGCUUCAGGCCAUGCAGGAGAAACGGGAAUAUGGCAAUGCUACGGGCCAUGUGCCCCUCACUACAACCGCAAAAGUAAAGCCGAAGAAGCUGGGCUUCACUCAAUUCAGUCACCUCAGAAAGAGGAAGCCUGAUGAAUCUGCGGACUAUAUCUGCCCGAUAGACAGUGGAGCACUAACAGUAAAUGGAGUUUCUCGCCUGCCAUCUUCAGCACAAAGAGGCCUCAGCCCCAGGUUGGACAGACAGGCUGAGAGGGAGGAACAAGUGGGGAUCAAAGCUCAAACUAAUGGCCCCAAACAAUAAUUAAAAUAGAGCAUGGAACGCCAUGCUGUCCACCCCACAUAUAUCUAAGUGAGUUCAUAAAUCCAGCGGAAAUUCUAAUGCAGACAUUUACCCAUGAUGCAUCUGCAUUGUGAUUUGCUGAAAGGGCUGUGAUGCAGUAUUUACCAAUUGUUAAUUGUUGUUAAUGUUUAUCUAAUUAGAUAAUAUUCAUCUUAAGAAGGUGAUGAUUAAUGACAGUGUUUGAAUUGUUUUAAUAAAGCUACUCUGCAUUCCUUAUACAGUGGAAUUCCAAGGCUUACAAUUUUGCUUUUAAGCAUUUUAUCAACUAUUUUGUAUGUAGACUUCUUUAGCCUUAGUAAGAAUAAUGAUGAUCUUUUCUUGUUGCACAUGUGGAUUUUUGUACAGUGUAAUAACGGAUCAGCUACCUUCAAAAUGUUUAAAGUUACCUUUAAGGCUUCUGUAUAAAUCUGAUUAAACAUUUUUUUGCAGCUUCAAAUAAGGCUUGUUGGUUUAUGGGAACCUAGAACCCCAAUUUUGUCCUCAUUUGCAGUAAUUAAAACUUGUAUUAUAUUAAAAAAAAUAAAAAAUAAAAUCCA